AUGUCAAAACAAAGAUUAGAUAUAUCUAAUUUAAAAAGAAAAGGAAGCGAUGAUAUUGAAGAACUUUCAUCAUCUAUUAAACGUAAUAUUGAAGAAAAUUUUGAUAAGAUAAAUUACUUUACUGGAAGAACAUUUUCUCCAAAAUAUUAUGAAAUAUUGGCUAAACGAAAGGAACUUCCUGUUUGGGUAUAUAAAGAAAAAUUUUUGGAAUUGUUAAGUUUGAAUCAAUUUGUUGUUCUUGUUGGUGAGACAGGAUCUGGAAAAACUACUCAAAUACCACAAUGGUGCGCAGAAUAUGCAAGAGUAAAAUCUGCUGAAACUGGAAAUCGCUUAAAAGUUGCAUGUACUCAACCAAGGCGUGUUGCAGCAAUGAGUGUAGCUGAAAGAGUUUCUGAAGAAAUGGAUGUUACUUGUGGAAGUGAAGUUGGUUAUACUAUAAGAUUUGAAGAUAAUACAUCUGAAAAAACUAUAUUAAAGUAUUGUACUGAUGGUAUGCUUUUAAGAGAAGCUAUGGCUGAUCCUGAAUUAAAAGGUUAUAGUGUAAUUGUUUUGGAUGAAGCACAUGAAAGAACUUUAACUACAGAUAUUCUUAUGGGUUUGUUAAAAGAAUUAUCUGCCAAACGAACUGAUCUAAAAAUAGUAAUUAUGUCUGCAACAUUAGAUGCAGAAAAAUUCCAGAAAUAUUUUAAUAAUGCACCAUUUUUAAAAAUUCCUGGAAGAACAUUUCCAGUUGAAAUUUUUUAUUCAGCUACUCCUGAAAAUGAUUAUUUGGAUGCUGCAGUUAGAACAGUUAAAUUUAUUCAUCAAACAGAGGAAAUUGAAGGAGAUAUACUAGUAUUUUUGACUGGACAAGAUGAAAUAGAUGAAGCGUGUAGAAAAAUUGAAGAAGAAGUAAAAAGUAUGGGAAAUUUAGUUGGUCCAAUUUCUUGUAUUCCAUUAUACUCAACUCUUCCACCAGACCAACAAAGGAGAAUUUUUUCCAAACCACCAAAAGGAACAAAUGGAAAGAUAGGAAGAAAAGUUGUUGUAAGUACAAAUAUUGCUGAAACAUCAUUGACAAUUGAUGGUAUUGUUUAUGUUGUUGAUGCUGGUUUUUCAAAACAAAAAAUUUAUCAACCUAAAACACGUAUUGAAUCAUUGGUUCCUGCGGCUAUAUCUAAAGCUUCUGCCAAACAAAGAGCUGGUCGUGCUGGAAGAACAAGACCCGGAAAAUGUUUUAGAUUAUAUACAGAGGAAUCUUAUAAUACUAUUAUGAGUGCUCAAACAAGUCCUGAAAUUUUACGUGCUAAUAUUAGUUCUGUUUGUUUACAACUUCUUAAACUCGGUAUCACAGAUUUAGUUCACUUUGAUUUUAUUGAUCCUCCAACACCAUUGUCAUUAGUUAGAGCAUUAGAGUUACUUCAUAAUUUAGGAGCUAUCAAUGAUGAAGACCCGCAAUUGUGUAAAACUUUAAUCACUUCUAACAAAUAUUCUGUACCACGAGAAGUACUAACCAUUGUUGCUAUGUUAUCUGUUCCACCGGUCUUUGUUCGUCCCACCAAUGGUAGAAAUGAAGCUGAUAAUGCUAGAAAUAGAUUUGCUUUUUCUGGUAGUGAUCAUUUAACAUUAUUAAAUGUUUACAAUCAAUUUAUAAGAAAUGGUGAAAUACCACAAUGGUGUUAUGAAAACUAUCUUAACUUUAGAACAUUAUCUAAUGCAAAAAGUAUUAGAACUCAAUUAGAAAGAAUUAUGGAACGUUUAUCUUUAAUGAAAAGACAACUCAAUUUUUCUGAUACAGAUUAUUAUAAUAACAUAAAAAAAUCUAUCUUAUCAGGCUUUUUUACGCAAGUUGCUUUUCGUGAAUCAUCCGGUCAUUAUACAAUUGCUAAAGAAGGGCAACUUGUUGUUAUCCAUCCCAGUUCAGUUGUAAAUACAAAACCUGAAUUUUUAUUAUUUAAUGAAUAUAUUCAAACAAGACAAGAUUUUGUCCGUUGUUGUACAGAAAUUCAACCUGAAUGGCUUUUACAAAUUGCUCCACAUUAUUAUGAUGCUGAAUCUUUUCCUCCAUCAGAGUUAAAAAGACGUCUCUUAAAUAUUGAAAAGAUGAUGAAAAAAGGAAAAUAA